UUACCACCACAUAUUGCGCGGUUUGUAGCUGUUUAGCACUUUCGAAUUUUGUUUUUUGCAAGUUUGUAGAUUACAUUCCACAAAAGCAUCUCUGCAAUUGUACUUUUCUUCGUUUCGGUAGUCGGCUGAGCUCGGCCAUUUUUCUUUUUCUUUUACUGAACGAGUGAAGUAGACGUUCGACGCGUUUUUCGUUCGUGUGCUGAAAAUUUGCAAGAACUUGUAGCCCAUGUGAAAAAACUGAUGAGAUAGCAAAAAAAGAAUAUACUGCCGUAUACACCAAAAAAAAAAGUCCCUUAACUGAACUGAAACUCUUAAUAGAUAGAGAAAAGACAAUUUUGGUUUUAUUUCUUCUCGAUUUCUAUAUACAAUAGAAGCAGUGUAAGCAAGUGAGCAAGCAUUCGAGAUUUUCCUAAACGGAAAGAAAGAAAAAACCAGCAACUGAUUGGAGGGUAAUAUGAGUAAUGCUAUUAACCAAAAUGGCACAGGUCUAGAGCAGCAGGUUGCUGGUCUGGACUUGAAUGGCGGCAAAGCUAAUAAUAGCAGCCCCAUAACAACGAAGAGUUCAUCUAAUUCCGGCGUUUAUAUCCCUCCACAUCUACGCGGAGGUGGCAACAGCGCACCUAACGCUAAUAGUGAUAAUCGCGAGGAGAGAACUCCAUCGUCAAAGUACGAAGGCAGAGAACAGCGCGGCGGCGGCGGUGGAGAGUAUCGCAGAGGCGGCGGUGGUCGUGGUUAUAACAAUUCGGGUGGUGGUUACUCCGGCGGUGGGCGUCGUGGUGGUGGAGGCAGAUACGAGGAGAACAGCGGCGGUUUCGAAGUUGAAGGUGAAACCCGACGUGGUGGAGAAGAUUGGAAUCGUGGAGGUCGUGGCCCGCAAAAUUCGCGAACAUUUGAUAGGCGGGAAAACGGAGGCUAUCGUGGCGGACGCAAUCAAGGCCAGGGCGGUGGUGCCGGUAGUGGAAAUACCAGUAAUCGUAACAGUGAAACCUUCGACGAUCAAGCACAACCACAACAACCUCGCAACGAUCGUUGGCAGGAGCCAGAGCGUCGCCCAGAAGACGGUGCACAGCAACGCAACGAAAGAGGCGGAGGUGGUGGUGGCAACGGCGGAGAACGUAACUAUGGCGGACGAUGGAAGGAAGAUCGCCGCGGCGACAUCGACUACACUAAAUUGGGACCACGUGAUGAACGCGUGGAGACGGAACUGUUCGGUGUCGGCAACACCGGCAUUAACUUUGACAAAUACGAGGAUAUACCCGUGGAAGCGACGGGACAGAAUGUACCGCCUAACAUCGUAUCGUUUGAUGACGUGCAGCUGACCGAGAUCGUACGCAAUAACGUGAUGUUGGCUAGAUAUGAUAAACCGACACCGGUGCAGAAAUAUGCGAUCCCAAUUAUAAUAAAUGGGCGCGAUUUAAUGGCCUGCGCACAAACCGGGUCGGGCAAGACAGCAGCUUUUUUGCUGCCUAUUCUCAAUCAAAUGUAUGAGCAUGGCAUGACGCCGCCACCGCAAAAUAAUCGCCAGUACAGUCGCCGUAAGCAGUAUCCGCUUGGGCUAGUACUGGCACCGACGCGCGAGCUCGCCACACAGAUUUUCGAGGAGGCCAAGAAGUUUGCGUAUCGCUCUCGUAUGCGUCCCGCUGUACUCUACGGCGGUAAUAAUACAAGUGAGCAAAUGCGUGAAUUGGAUCGUGGCUGCCAUCUGAUUGUGGCUACGCCGGGUCGUCUGGAGGAUAUGAUUACACGCGGAAAGGUGGGUUUAGACAACAUACGAUUUUUGGUAUUGGAUGAGGCCGAUCGUAUGUUGGACAUGGGUUUCGAACCACAAAUCCGACGCAUUGUAGAGCAAUCUAAUAUGCCACCAACUGGGCAGAGGCAAACUUUGAUGUUCUCGGCUACUUUCCCCAAACAAAUACAAGAGCUGGCAUCUGAUUUUCUUAGCAAUUAUAUAUUCUUGGCUGUGGGACGUGUUGGUUCCACGUCGGAGAAUAUAACCCAAACUAUUUUAUGGGUAUACGAACAAGAUAAGCGUUCGUAUUUGCUUGAUCUAUUGUCGUCGAUACGCGCCGGUGCCGAGUACUCAAAGGAUAGUUUAACGCUUAUCUUCGUAGAAACGAAAAAAGGCGCCGACGCACUGGAAGAGUUCCUCUACCAAUGCAAUCAUCCGGUGACAAGUAUUCACGGUGAUCGUACACAAAAAGAACGUGAGGAGGCUUUACGUUGCUUCCGUUCCGGCGAUUGUCCCAUUUUGGUUGCCACUGCGGUGGCAGCACGUGGCUUGGACAUUCCCCAUGUGAAGCACGUUAUUAACUUUGACCUGCCCUCAGAUGUGGAGGAGUACGUACAUCGCAUUGGUCGUACAGGCCGUAUGGGCAAUCUCGGUGUUGCUACAUCGUUUUUCAAUGAGAAGAAUCGCAAUAUUUGUGGUGAUUUGUUGGAGUUGCUCGUCGAGACAAAGCAGGAAGUUCCUGGUUUUCUUGAAGAGAUGCUCUCAUCAGACCGCACGCAUAGUGGCAAUCGGCGACGUGGAGGCGGUGGUGUUGGACGCUACGGCGGCGGUUUUGGCUCUCGUGAUUACCGUCAAACUUCUGGCGGAGGCGGUGGUGGAGGUGGCCCCCGUAGCGGUGGUGGCGGUGGUGGUCCGCGAAGCGGCGGAGGUGGAGGUGGUGGAUCGUACCGCAGCAAUGGUGGCAGUUCUGGUGGUGGCUACUAUGGCGGUGGUGGAGGUGGAGGUGGUGGCUCUUACGGAGGCAGUUACUCGGCAUCUCAUGCUAACUCCAACUCCGGUCCCGAUUGGUGGGGAAGUUAAAUAAAGUGAACUGAUUGCGAAUAUCCGCUGAAAGCGAAAAAUCAAAUAAAUGAAAUGUAUGAAAAAGUAAACAAAAAGAUGAAAUCAGCAACUGCAAAAUAUAAGGGUUGAGAGAGUGCAAAGCAAAGCAAGAUUAACAAUGCAUACGGAAGACAUUAUAAAAAGGAAACAUAAUGGAAGCGGAACUGCGAAAAAAAAAUAGAAAUUAUAUAUUACAAUUAUUUAUGUAUAGAUUACUAAUUUUAUAAAACAGUAAACAUUCAAACAAAUCAUAUACACAUUUAUACAAAUAAGGAAAUAUUAUCCCUUCCCACACCAAAAGGUACACAUUCGUCCAAAAGGAUUUCACACAUACAAAACUAAACAUCCAAACGGAUCCUAAUGAAUUUCUCAAAUUUGCUCCUAAGUAUUUUCUUUUAUAAGACUACCUAUAUAAAGAAAGACACACACACACUGUGGAAAAUUACAUAAAUGGCUCAUAUUUAUUGAAAUAAUAAACAAUGGCAAACCCCUGCAACAAUAAUAAAAGAAAAUUUUAAAUUAUAAUUAUUAUAAAAUACGAAAAGGCGUAAGCUAUUGAAAUACGAAGAAAUUUUAAAAGGAGCACGAAUGGGAAUACAGUAACACUUUGAAUUGAAUGUGUGAGUGAAUGAUUGCAGAGGGCAUGCAAAUGCAUAUGCGCGCGUUGAGUUAAGCAACAGUUUAGCUGGAAAAGUAUUGAAUAAGGUGUGGUUGAAGGGUCGAUCGAUUCGGUUCGUUUGCCGAAUCGUAAUGGUGAAAUACAUUCGAAUGCACUUACUCAAUUGUUAUGAUUAUUAGAGAAAAAACGUAUAACAAGAAGAAACACAAGAGAACAGAUACAA